GACACAGCAGUUGCUGUCAGAAAACGAGUGAUUCGAAUUCUAAAAGAAGUUGUACAUCUUCGACCGAAGUUUGAAAAAUCUCCUCAAAUUAUUUAUGUAAUUAUUCAAAGAAUUAAUGAUGAAGAAGGAGUUAAGAAAAUGUGUAUUGAGGUUUUUCAACAGCUUUGGAUGAUUCCAACCCGUGAUGCUGCUAAAUUGGAUGAGAAGGUUCGCCUUCUUGUUGAGACAGCAGUUUUUAGCAUAGGGGAGCAAUCUGAAGAUUAUAUUGGAACAUUAAUUACAUUGUUAGUUAAAAAUUCUCAAGAGCAAGAUAUUAUUAUUGCCUCUAAACAAAUAGUUGACGCUUUAGUAAAUUAUGUUUUGAAUUUAGAGAAAGAGUCUGUUCGAGAUCAAGGAUUGGGUGAAGUAAGUCUAGUUAAAUCAACACAGGAUUACCAGACACGAUUAUCUGCAACAUUAACUAUUCUAUCUUUCUUUGCCAAAGCACGUUCAGAAUUACUGAUAGGCCACAUCGAAGUUUUUAUCCCAUAUUUGUCCAUUUCAAGUUCCUCACCUUUACAAGACCAACUGCUUAGUAAAAUAAUUGAAAUGUUGCAAGAGAUUAUUCCAAUGAUGGACAGUUAUAAUACCUCACAAACACUUAUUCGACAAUUAGAUACACGAUUAAGCGAUAUUGUUAAAGAGGGUGGUUGUACGAAUUUGAUUGACAGCGCUAUAUCCUGUAUGGCUGAAAUUCAAUUAAAGUUUUUACAAAAUGAGGAGCAACCGAGCAUUUGUCGACUUUUCAUCGUUUUUUACAAAUAUCUCAAAAAACAAAAACCUGAAUUGAAACUUGAUGAACGAAGUAAUAAUUCGACAUCGUCUACGUCUAAUACUGAAGAUAAACUUCGAAUACUAUGCCAGGUACUAUAUUCAAUUGGAUCGAUGUGCCGUUACUUUGAUUUUGAUAUUCUUUUAAAAAAUGAACAACGGGACCUUUUUAUUGAUAUUAAUCCUGCUAGUGAAUCUAACGAACAAGAACACAUAGUUAGAAAUUCUGUUUUUUCAAUUCUUGUUUCUUAUUAUAUUCAAUUCUUGUCUUCUUAUUAUGCAUUAUCGAAAAUGGCUUUGAUUGCUUUAGGCCAAUUCUCCGCUGGAUGUCCUGAGGUUUUGCGUAAAGAAAAAUUGAAGAAUAUUUAUAUGGUUCUUUUGACCAAAACACCUUCAAAAAACACACCAAAUGAACACCUUCAAAACACUGACAACCGAAAACACCUUCAAUUGAAAGUACAAGUCCUAAAAAAUAUUGCUAGGUUUCUUUCUGCUGAAGAACAGAGGGCAUUGAAAAGAGCUGCACAAGUUAAGCUUGAUCAAGAACAACAAACAAAGCAACAAGAAGAGAAUUCACUUAUCGUUGAUGACGCUUUUGAUAAACAACAAAAGUCAAAAUUGAAUGUUGACAAUUUGAAGGAGAUGGAAUCGGACUCAUCAGGACUUAGUUCUAGUGUUAUUCAGCAAUACUGGAAUGCCAUUCUCACUUGUUAUUUUCAUAACGAUGAAAAUGUUCGAAUUAAUUCUGCUCAAGUUAUUCGACAAACAUUGGAACAAGGAUUGGUAACACCCGGAUCAUCUAUUCCUACGCUUAUAGCAAUGUCUACUGAUUAUUUGAGUCAAAUCAGAAUUGGAGUUGAUAUAUUAAUUAGAGAUAUGAAUACAAAAUACAAAGGACUUAUUCUUAGCAAAGCAGUGGCUGGUAUUAGACUUUCUUUCGAAUUACAGAAGAAGAUUCGAAAUAAUGCUAGAAAAAUUAUUCGUGGUUUUCGUGCAAAUGACAAUCCUUUGAAUAGCAAUAGAGCCUCUACAAAUAGUGAAAAAUUAUUAACUCAUUCAAUUGAUGUUACAGCUUUACUUUCUAUUUUCUAUAUUAAUGUGCGCGCAAAUAGGCAAAACAGACGUACAUUUCUUUCUUCUCUAUUGAAAAUUUUCUCGGAGGAGAACAGUGAUAAAACUGAACAAGAAGAAUGGCUUUUCCUUUCUGAUAAUUUGGCACAUUUUCCUUACACUGUGAUGGAUGAACCUCUUUAUGUGAUUCAUCAAGCGGAUACAAUUAUCUCUGUUUCCGGUCAAAAUAUUCUCAGCCAAUUACGCCAAUUACUUGUUCCUGCACACCUUGAAAGAAGCUUAGGAUCGAGCAAAGAUGAAACAAACUCAAACAAAUCAAUCCGUAUAGAAGAACCAGAAGAAUUUAGUGUUGAACAUAUUUUAAAGAAUCUUCCGGAGGACAAGGAAAAAAUUUAUGAACUUAGAAAGAAUAGUCAUGCUUGUUUUAUUUUGCUUCAUUUAAAAAAGUUUUUGAUGAACAUGUAUGGAUUUAGGGAAGACAAAGUUUCAGAAUAUAGUCCUUCUGAACCAACUAAUGUUUACGAAAAGCCAGUUAAUCGUCGAAAUAUUCCAGUAUUUUCCCCUGCUUUUAUUUUUAAUGAAAUUGGAAAUGAAAGUCAAACAGUUGAUUUGGAUAUUAAAAUUGCACAGGAUUUCCAUAGAGUUGACAAAAAUUUAAAAUUUGUCUAA